AUGACCACGAUAGCGGCAUCACAUCGGAAUGCGGCGACAUCGCUGAGCUCUCACUCCAGUGAAAACAACCCAGCGCAGUCGCCGCACAGUUCGGGUUUCUAUCCAUCGCCAGGCUCAUCUCAUCCUACUCCCGUGGACGACAGCGCUGAGUCUGAUAUCGACCUACCCGAGGGGCCAGGGCGCCGGUUCUGGGAGCUUCGCUUGUUACACAACCAGCAGACGAAGAUGACGCAGCCGUUUUCUACGCCUCAGUCUCCCGAGGUCGUGCGCAUGUGGACCCACGAUAUCCCCGAAAUGGCAAUGACCAUGGCUCAAAGACAAGGCCGUUGCAGCCUGCUCUACAUAAUGUUUGCCCAGUCGGCUCUGAACAUGUGGACCAGGUCCACCGACAAACAAGACCGCGAUGAACUCAUCAAGUUGCAGCAGACAUACCAGCUCAUGUGCAGCAAGGAACAACGGCGUGAUAUCGAGGAGCUCACCCAAGGAAUCGCCAAGAAUGCCGACUACAUCUGUUUCGCUUCACUCAAGAUCCUGGCACAUUCGCUGGCCUUGGUCCAGACCUUGUCAGUAGAUCCGUGGGAGCCGCCCACUCAAUGGCUACAUAUGGGACGCGGCGCUGGGCAAGUGUUCACGAUGGCACGCAGUCUGAUGGACUUGAAAUCCGAGGACUUUUCCGACAGCUAUAUCCUCCGCUUUGUGAAUAGCGAACCAGUCAUAAAGGACCCGAGGGAUACAAUAUUGAGUGAUUUUAGUCCACUGGCGUGGCUUCUCGACCACCCAGCUAGCCCCAGCUCUGUCGAUGCACUUUUCGACCGGGAGCUGGAAGAUGAGGAGACGAGAUCCGUCUACGAGAAGGCCAUGGCGUACACGUGCAGUGUGCAGAGGGCAAUGGAACGAGGCGAACCUCAGUACGCAAUUGUCAGACGGCUAGGCGCAUUUGCGGUCUGGGUGCCCAUCGAGUUUGGUAAAUUCGUCGAGGAGAGGAAGCCGAGAGCCUUGGUCAUUCUAGCUCACUUCAUGGCUCUUUGGCUGGAGCACGAGGACGCCUGGGUCCUUGGGAGAGCAGGGGAAUGGCAGAUCCGAUGCAUCCACAAGGUCCUGCCCCUCGAGUGGAGCCACAAACUUGACUGUCUGUUUGCGAGGUUCAAGCAGCAGAAGCCGUGA